AUGGGUAUUUUAACUACCCAGGAUAAAGAAAAAAUUAAAAGAACAGUGCCCAAAACAAGUAAUAAAAUUAUUGAUGCAACUGUUGCUAGAUUAUAUAUUGCAUACCCCGAUCCAACAAAAUGGGUAUAUACUGGAUUAGUUGGAGCAAUUGCAUUAGUUGAUGAUUUAGUAGGACAUACAUUCUUUUUGAAAUUAAUUGACAUAACUGGACAUAGAGGAGUUUUAUGGGAUCAAGAAUUAUAUGUAAAUUUUGAAUAUAAUCAAGAUAGGAAAUUUUUCCAUACUUUUGAAAUUGAAGAUUGUUUAAUUGGUUUGUUGUUUGAAGAUACAAAUGAUGCAACUCAUUUCUACAAGAGAGUCACAACUAGACAAAAACAUGGAUCAAGUGCAACUGUUAAAAACAAAAAUGCAAUAGCUUUAAAAGAAAGAGUAGAACCAAAACAUAAUACCCCAGGUCCUAGAGGUGAAUUUAUGGAUGUAAAUACUGCUCAACGUCAAAGAAGAUCAAAGGGAGUAUUGUAUUAUGAUGAUGUACCACCACCUGAAUGGAGAUCACUUUAUGCAGAAUUGGAAUCUGCAGGUAUAACUGAAGAUAUGAUUGUUGAUAAUAGACAAUUUAUAAAAGAUUAUAUUGCACAACAAGGUGGCCCAUUAGUUGGAUUGGAACCACCAGUACCUAGAAAAUAUCAAAAAGCACAUGAACUAUAUGAAGACUCACCUUCUUUGGAGUCAAGACCUUCAACAAAAAAUAAAAAAGCACCUCCUCCUCCACCACCUCCUGGAGGAAAUUCAUCACAACCUCCAGCAGUACCUCCAUCAUACUCACCUUCUAUUGGGUCAGAAGAUUCAACACCACAACCAGAAGGGACAAGUCAAACUCCAGAACCAACAAAAUUCAAACCUGUUUUUAGAGUACCUCCACCAAUAGCAAAUAUUCCUCAAACUCCUUCUCAACAAAACACUCAUUCACAACCACAACCACCUACAAGAACAUCUUCCUUAGCUUCAAGUGAGAGACCAUUGCCUUCAACGCCUCCACAACCACAGCAUCAAACAUUUAGCCCAAGUACAGAUUCUCAACAAAAAUUCAAUGUACCACCUCCAUUUUCGUCUUCUCAUCAAGUACCACCGCCACCACCUUUAAGAGGCAAUGCACCACCACCUCCUCCAAGAGCAGCAAAUGGACAUUCAUCAUUACCACCUCCAAGAAACCAACCAAUGCCUCCAACAAGAACUGGCAAUGCUCCACCGCCAGCACCACCACCAAGAGCAGCCAGAGGAGCAGCUCCUCCACCACCUCCUUCAAGAUCAACAGCACAUCCAGCUGUACCACCAAGAAAUUCUCAACCAAUCAACCCUCCACCAACAAUACAACAACAACAAUUUCAACAACAACCACAACAACCACCAGCUCCUCCUCCACUUCAACCAAGGCCUGCAGCAUCAAUACCACAGGCUCCUCCAGCUCCUCCUUCAUUACCUCAAUCAAUGCUGUCUCCUCCACCUCCACCUCCAAUGCCACAAAUGAAUACAAAUGGUGUACCACCGCCUCCGCCACCAUUACCAGCUUCAUCUCAAGAUUCAUCGAAUGGAAAUUUCACAGAAGCAACAGGUGAUGCAGGAAGAGAUGCUUUAUUAGCUUCAAUUCGUGGAGCAGGUUUGGGUUCAUUGAAAAAAUCAGAUAAAUCACAAUUAGAUAAACCAAGUGUCUUGUUACAAGAAGCUAGAGGAGAACCAACUCAAGCGAACAGUAAUUCUUCCCCUCCACCAGCUGGCGGCCCUCCUGGAAGUUUAGCUGAUGCAUUAUCUGCUGCAUUGAAUAAACGUAAAGCAAAAGUAAGUCAAAGUGAUGAUGAAGACGAUGAUUGGUAA